AAAAGGAAUGAAUUGGAUUCGGGAAUUAGAAGCUCAACUUUGGUGAAAACCGAAUUCUGCUGCUGAAAGCAGAAGGCAAGUUUUAAGGGGACACAAGUUCAUAAGAAUUGGGGGAGUGAGGAGUGCGAGUAGACUAUGUGGAUUGAGCAGGUAUUGUACUGCCAACGGAAAAGGAGACAAGAGUGAGGACGAAGCUCAGAAUUCACAGUUCCAAGGAGGAGCAGGCAUGCGAGAUCAGCGUCGGACAGAAGAGGCGCCUUUUGAAACAGAAACUAAGGAGACUGGGAACUCCAGGUUCAGUACCUUGAUCAAAAUCCAGUUGCAGGGACCAACUCCAGAGCCGGCAGCUCUGAGCCCACGCUGUGUGUCGAGGUCAGCGGAAUUGAGUGAUCUACAGCGCGACCCACCUGCUCACUGUUCCGCUGGACCUGUGGGAGAUGACUUGUUCCACUGGCAAGCAACUAUUAUGGGGCCUCCUGAUAGCGCAUAUCAAGGUGGAGUCUUCUUUCUCACUGUACAUUUUCCGACAGACUAUCCUUUUAAACCACCAAAGAUUGCUUUCACAACAAAAAUUUACCAUCCAAACAUAAACAGUAAUGGAAGUAUUUGUCUUGAUAUCCUGAGGUCACAAUGGUCACCAGCUCUGACUGUAUCAAAAGUUUUAUUGUCCAUAUGUUCUCUGCUUUGUGACCCUAAUCCAGAUGACCCCUUAGUACCAGAUAUUGCACAAAUCUAUAAAUCAGACAAAGAAAAAUACAACAGACACGCAAGAGAAUGGACUCAGAAAUAUGCAAUGUAAAAUCAAAAAAAUUUUCAUAUAUACCAGAGUACUGUAAAAUCUAGGUUUUUUUCAACAUUAGCAGUAAAUCGAGCACCGUUUACUGUUUCAUUGUACCAUGAAAUCCUUUGAUUUUUACCCAUUUUAAAUGUAUUUCUGAAGCAAGACAAAACAAACUUCCAAAAAUAUUCUUGAGACUGUGAUGAGAGCAUUUAUCAUUUUGUAUGCAUUGAGAAAGACAUUUAUUAUGGUUUUUAAGAUACUUGGACAUCUGCAUCUUCAGCUUACAAGAUCUACAAUGCAUCUGAAAAGCAACCAAAUUAUUUUUUGCUGAAACUAGAUGUUUUUACAUGAAGAAUACUGUAUGUGUUGUCUAAGAUGUCGUCAGUUAUAUAAAUCUGUAUUCAGAUUUCAUUCUUCGUUAGCUCACUUUAUAAUUUGUAUUUUUUUACUGUAUAGACUAAAUAUAUUCUAUUUACAUGUAUGUCAACUCGUUACUUUUUUCCUGUGAACAGUAUUGAAAAAACCCAACAGCUGAUAAUGAAAUGAAUUAACUGUCCGUCUCCCUUGUCUUAGGGUAUUCUGUAGAUUGAUUGCAGAUUCCUUAAACCUGAAAUGAUCUUUACACUGUAAUUCUCAGUAUACUGAUUAUGGAGAAACACUUGUUUUGAUUUUGUUAUACUUGACUUAACUUUAUUACAAUGUGAAUUAAUUGCACUGCUAAGUAGGAAGACGUGUAACUUUUAUUUGUUGCUAUUCACAUCAGAAUUUUUUUCUGUAUAGGCAAUAUUAUAUUGACACCUUUUACAGAUCUUAAUGUAGCUUUUUCCAUUUAAAUAAAAUGCUUUUUCUACUAUUUGUCUUGAUUACUUAAAAAGAUAAAAAAUUACUUUAUAAGUAAGGAUCAAUACUCUAUAUAAAAUUUUGCAUGGAAAUUAAUUCCAAAUUGUAAGAAUGAAGUCUGUUGUACUUGGCACUAAUCACCAUUAAUUAUAUAAAUUUUAUUGCUUUAGGUUUGUAUAGAUAUCUGUUUACUAAAUUGUCAAUCUAGAGGAUGAUAUACACUGGUCCCUUGUUAUUGAAAAGAAUUUAGGAUAUGUUGGCAUUUGUCUUGGAUCACAUCUAAAAUGAAUUAUUUUCUAAGGUACUGAGAUGAAUGUAAGACAGUGUCACCUACAUUGAAGAAAAGUCUUUAUAGACCUGAAGAAUAAUUAGGUUAAUUCAUUAAAAUGCCCCUCUAGAUAUAACUGACGUUGUAUUUCUUAACACUUUAAAAUCUAGAAUUUCUAAAAUAGAAUUUUAAUGCCAUCACAGUUUGAAAGAGGACAUCCAUUUUUUACCGUAGAAGUUAUACAGAAAAUUCUAAAAUGACACUUUCCCUCUGUUUUAUAAAUUGUCAGUUAAAAUGAUUUAAAUGAGCAGGUUAUCUUUGCAGAUUUUAAAGAAAGCUAGAAAGUUCUAAUGUUUUAACUUGGAAAAAAAAUGUCUCUAAUUAUUAGCAUGCUUACCAAACUUGAGUGUCAUUUUUAAGAAGAGUUGUAGCUCUUCUGAUUAUUUCAGUAGCUGUAUAAGUGUACAAAAAUCUGUGAUGGGUGUAGUCAUUAGCAAACAAUGUAAAUCACUUAAGUAUUUUACCAUGGUUCAUUAUUAUAAAGCACAAAAUAACCCAUUGUUAAAAAAUGUGUUUUUAUAAAUGAAUGUAAAAUAAAUGAAUUGUGAAAUGGAUGUUUAAGAAAAUAUAGGUUUAAAAAGUAACUAUAUUAAGUGAUGUCUUGAAACAGCCAUAUCAUGAAGAAUACUACUAUGUUAUUAUAAGCUACAUUGGCCCAGAAUUUGAACACUCAACAUCAUUAGAUUUAAGUAUUUAGUAUAUUUUGAUAAUAAAGGGUUUUGUUUCUUGAAUAUCUUUCACUUUUUAAAAAACUUUUGUGUGGCAUUUAUUUUUGGAAAUGUCUUUUUUUUUUCUGUAUUAAAGUUUUGAAACUUGCCUAACA